AUGUUAGUACCAACACACGUGGAGCUCACGGCCCUUUGUGGUGCUUACGAUGUUACUGCAUUAGUUUUACGCGCUCAACGUGUCCACUAUGAGAUCAAAUACAAGGAAGUGGACCCAGAGACCACUCAGUGUAUUCUGCUGUCUUAUCAUGAUGGAGAACACUAUAAUGCAGUCCUAUGGGAAGACGAUGAACGACUACGGACUCUAGCUGAAGUUCGUGAAUGCUUCUCCUCAACGGGUGAAGAUAAAUGGGAUGAAAAGAAGAAGAAGCAAAAGUCGAAAAAUAAACGAAAAAAGGCGGGGAAGAAAUCCCGUGAGAAGGACGAUGAAGAACAGAAGCAAGGUGGAGAAGCGCAGCUGGUUCGAGUGUGA